AUGCGCAAGCAGUCUACCGGCGAAGCCCUGACCUGGGGCUACAGCAAGGAAAACGGACCUGAUCACUGGCAUGAAACUUACCCCAUAGCCAAAGGGAACAACCAGUCACCUGUUGCAAUUCUUAGCAAAGAUGUCUUCAAAGAUCCUGCUCUUCUGCCUUGGUUUACUGGCUAUGAUCCAGGUGCAGCUAAGAACAUAAGAAACACUGGGAAAACACUGCGGAUUGGAUUUGAUGACACUUUUGAUCGCUCAGUGAUUAGGGGAGGACCACUUCCUGGGAUUUACAGGCUCCGUCACCUUAACAUCCACUGGGGUUCUACCAGUGAAAAAGGCUCAGAACAUGUGGUGGAUGCAAAAAGGCAUGCAGGAGAGAUUCAUUUGAUACACUGGAAUUCCUCAUAUAGUAAUUAUGCUGAUGCUUUGAGAAAAACUGAUGGGGCGGCUAUUGUAGCUGUUCUAAUGCAAGUAGGAAAAAACCCUAAGCCAGAGAUGAAAAGAAUUAUUGAAGAAAUAGAUGCUAUUAAAACAAAGGGAAAAGAGGCUCCUUUUCCAAACUUUGAUCCAUCUAUCCUCUUCCCUCAAAAUCGAAGUUACUUUACUUAUCAAGGUUCUUUUACAAUGCCUCCAUGUGAAGAGUGUGUUACCUGGAUUGUUAUGAAAGAGCCUAUAACUGUUGAUGAACAGCAGAUGUUAAAGCUGCGUAGCCUUUCUAGCAAUAGCGCAGAAGAUAUUCAUUGUCCUUUAGUAGACAACUGGCGGCCUCUUCAGCCUCUCAAUAACAGGAUGAUACGAUCAACAUGUCAAUAGAACCUUUACAGGAGUAAAGAGGAGUCAUGAAGAUCUAAGGUUUUACACUCAUGUUGUAUACAGGUGGUUCUUCCUCUGGAUCUGUGCUGUUGAGCCAAAAGUUUUAAGCAAUGAAGCAGGACAACUUACUAAAUGAAUCUAACUUCUUGAGGGGGAAAAAUAAUUAUAGUAAAACUUUAAUUUGUCUAUCGAUACGUUGGACCUCUCUCUUCAGAUGUCAUAUACUACUCCAUGAUGUUACAGAGACUGAGCAGCAUGUAUCAAAUGCUUCCUUGCUCAGCCUUGCUCAUUUGGCUGUUCCUGCCAACUGCCCUGGCUAAACUGUUUUCUGCAACCAGAUGUCUUUUCCAUGUGUGGGACUGCAGCUAACAGACAUCUGAGUAUUGCAGUUAUAAUGUGUCUAAGAAGACAAGUCUUGUUUUUAACUUCAGAAUCU